AUGUUGGAGAUUUACAUCCGCUGGCAUCUAUGGUUCUCCUUUGACCGGAUGCGGAGUCCUACAGGUGAUGUGGACCAUGCCAGGCCCGACCCCAACCUCCCGCCGGACCCAUCAUCCUGCUCCUUCCCUCCCCUGCUGGUCCUCGGCAGGGGUGUGGGACCGGCUCCACAGAAGGACGCCGGCGAGCACGUGGGCGGCGCCGACACCAGUGACCGCAGCGUGACCGGCCGCCCGCGGGACCCUGAUGGACGCGAGGGGGUCUUUGGGGCAUCUCUGUUCUGCCCCUGGUGCAGCGACCGCCCCGCCGAGAGGCCGGCCGCCGGGCACCCAACACGCAUGUCUCCACGCCUCGGCCUGCGCGUGGUGGAGGGAGAUGGAAGGGAACGCCAGCGCGCAGGCGCGGUAACCCAGGCGGCGGUGUCUAGUGAGGAUUUGAAAUCGGCCGCGCCGGAGGCGGCGGCGGCGCCCCCUCCUUCCCCCGCGCCCCGUCGCCGCCGAGCGUGUCUUUUCGCCGCCGCCUCCGCCGCCGCCGGUGCUGCUGGCAGGGACGCGGAGCUAGCGGCGCGAGCUCGCCUGAGGGCUCGGCUCGCGGCGGCGGCCGCCCUCCCGCGGGUCCCGGGCCGCGCGGCGCCUGGGCCCGCCCCCCUCCGAUGGCCUCCGCCGCCAGCCCGUGUGGAACGCCGCCGCCGCCGCGGCCCCCGCGCCGCCUGA